AUAUUCUGCGCAUGCGCAAUUGACGAUUCCGAUCCGAGCAAGAGCAAAAAUGGCCCGUGCUGUACAGAAAGUAGUUGGUUUGGGCACAAGAUUAGGCAAUUCCGUGGCCACCCAAGGGCCAAAGCUUGCCUCAGAAGCCGUAGAGUUUUCCAAGCCAAGGUUAGCCAAGUUUUGGUACUAUGCCAAGGUCGAGCUAGUCCCACCUACUCCAGGUGAAUUCCCUGCUGUUCAGAAGGGGAUCAUGGAUAUCGUCAAGGCUGCAAAGACAGGCAAAUACGCCAACCUGACAGUUAAGGAAGCAUUGGGAAACACGCUGGUCUGUGCUGAGGUAGCGUUCUGGUUCUUCAUCGGUGAACAGAUCGGAAGAAGAAGCAUCAUCGGCUAUGAUGUCAAGUCCGACUAUGAACCACACCCUUACAUAUAGCGCCCUCUCUCGACCCGUUCUUGUAAAUUUAGCCAGUGGAGAUCUAGACAUGUAUUUUUAUUUGAAUUGACUCUACUAUGCCACAUGCAGUGUCUAAUGUAUUGAGUGGAAUUAUUAUGAUUCAAUAUAUGUAUUGAGAAGAAGGAAGGGAGUUCAGAACUGUCAACAUUGACAUCGCUCUUACUCCUGAUAAUGUCCAUAAUUCCUAAUUCCUAUGGAACUAAGAGAAAUUGUACCCCGAGAAUCAAUAUUCAUACAUCUUCCAAUGAUCCCAUUAUUCAAUAUGUACUGUAACAGGUAUCUAAAUUGGCAACACUGUAUCCAUACAGCGUGACAUAGAAUGUGGAACCCAAACAUGGUUUGUGCACAUUUCCGCAAGAUGAGAAUCUAUUCAUGUGAAAAUAUAUCAGGUUGGAUGAGAAAUGUGUAA